AGACGGAGCCCGAGGGAGGGGGAGAGAGGAGAGAGGAGAGUGAGGAGAGAGAGAGAGAGAGAGAGGGGGGUGGAAGAGUUUACACGAGAAAAGUUCGCUGUCUCGUAGGGAGUUGUACAUUUCUGUUACUAAUGCCGAAACUCGCGAAAGGAUUUUAACUUGAAACUUUUAAACUGGCAAAAAUGAGACUUUCGCCGUUGCUGUUGUUUCCAGGGAUUUUUGUCUGUGCACUUUUCCCUUGGACAAACUGUGAAGAGCAGCAAACCCCCGAAGAGAAACUUCUAGUGGUGACAGUUGCAACCAAAGAGACCGAUGGCUUCAAGCGUUUCUUGGGGUCAGUUAAGCACUUCAAUUACACUGUCAAGGUUCUUGGUCAGGGUCAGAAAUGGAUGAGCGGCGACUACAUGUCCGGUCCAGGAGGAGGCCAGAAAGUACGACUCCUUAAAGAAGCUCUGGAGGAGAUGAAGAAUGAGGACAAAGUCAUCCUUUUUAUUGACAGUUACGAUGUGGUUUUCGCCUCGGGUCCCAGAGAGCUGCUCAAGAAGUUCCAGCAGGCCAGACACAAGGUGGUGUUCUCCUCCGAGAGCCUGAUCUGGCCCAACAGACACCUGGAGGACAAAUACCCCCACGUCGUCGUGGGCAACAGGUUUCUAGGCUCAGGAGGUUUUAUUGGCUUCCUUCCCAACAUCAGAGAAAUGGUGGCUGACUGGACAGGAGACGAUAGUGACAGUGACCAGCUGUUCUUCACCAAGAUUUACAUUGAUCCAGUUAAAAGGAAAUCCAUAAAUAUCACACUGGACAGCAAAUGCAGAUUGUUCCAAAACCUCAAUGGAGCCCUCGAUGAGGUGGUGCUGAAGUUUGAGGAUGGACGGGUACGAGCCAGAAAUGUGCUGUACGAUACCCUGCCAGUCGUCAUCCAUGGGAACGGACCAACCAAGCUCCAGAUCAACUACCUGGGAAACUACAUCCCCAACACAUGGACAUUUGAGACCGGAUGCACAGUGUGUCACGAGGAUCUCCACCCACUGACAGCGCUUAAGGAGAGUGAAUACCCUCUGGUGGUCAUUGGCGUCUUCAUUCAGCAGCCCACCCCCUUUGUGACGGUGUUCUUUGAACGCCUACUAAAGCUCCAGUAUCCCAAAAAUAGACUCAAACUCUUCAUCUACAACCAGGAAGCUCAUCAUCAGCGUCACGUCAGCUCUUUGCUGAAGGAGCAUGGGAGCCUUUAUCAGGAUGUCAAAGUCGUCGGGCCCGAGGAGGAGAUGGACGAAGCCGCCUCCCGCAACAUGGGCUUUGACAUGUGCCGGACGGACAAGGACUGUGACUAUUUCUUCCUCUUGGACGUUCCAGUGGUCUUAAAGAAUGAGAACACACUUAAAAUUCUCAUCGAACAAAACCUGCCCGUUGUGGCACCGAUGAUAACUCGAGUUGGUCGACUGUGGAGCAACUUCUGGGGGGCCCUGAGUGCUGAAGGCUACUACGCCCGGUCUGAGGACUACGUGGACAUAGUCCAAGGACGCAGAGCGGGGGUGUGGAAUGUCCCGUACGUGUCCAGCGUGUUCCUGGUGAAGGCCAGCCUGCUUCGAUCGGAGCUCGCAGACUACGAUCUGUUCAACUCAAACAGCUUAGACCCCGACAUGGCUUUCUGCCACAACAUCCGCAACAAGGGAAUCUUCAUGUACGUAACCAACAUGCACACUUUCGGGCGCAUCCUGUCAACAGACAACUACCAGACGAGCCAUCUUCACAACGACCUGUGGCAGAUCUUUGAAAACCCAGUGGACUGGCAGGAGCGCUACAUCCAUGAGAACUACACCUACAUCAUUAAAGACAAGCUGAUUGAAAAUCCUUGUCCUGAUGUGUACUGGUUCCCAAUUUUCUCUGAUGUUGCCUGUGACCACAUUGUUGAAGAAAUGGAACAUUACGGGAAAUGGUCAGGAGGAGGCAAUACGGACACCAGAAUCCAAGGUGGCUAUGAGAACGUCCCCACUAUCGAUAUCCACAUGAAUCAAAUCAACUUUGAAAAGGAAUGGCACAAGUUCUUACUGGAGUACAUCGCACCGAUAACGGAGAAAAUGUAUCCCGGUUACUACACCAAGGCUCAGUUUGAUUUGGCCUUUGUAGUUAGAUAUAAGCCAGACGAGCAGCCGUCUUUGAGACCGCACCACGACGCCUCCACAUUCACUAUUAACAUUGCGCUCAAUCAAGCGGGCCCAGAUUACCAGGGUGGAGGGUGCCGGUUCCUCCGUUACGACUGCUCCAUCCAGGCUCCCCGGAAAGGCUGGACCCUCAUGCACCCGGGCCGCCUCACCCACUACCACGAGGGCCUGCCCACCACCGCCGGCGUGCGCUACAUCGCCGUGUCCUUCGUGGACCCCUGAACCCCCCAAAAGAUGGCGUCACGGCAACCGGCGAGUCCAGACCAAACCGGACGCUCACACCGGCGGCACCCUGCAGCGUCACUUCCUCAUCUGGAGCGGGGACCCGCGCUCUGUUCAGUACUCCAUUUGGUUUUUUUAAACGCCCCAAAAGAUAUUGGUUCUGUCUAAAGAAUUAUAGACUAUUCAGGAUUUUUUCCUAUUAGCAGUAGAGAGUCUCCAUGAGACACAAUGGAACAAAGCUAAAGCUAAAGCUAAUGUUAAAGCUAAAGCUAAAGCUAAAGCUAAAGUUGUGGCACACUGGUUUUCUUACCACGCGUUUUUAGAUUUUCCUCAUAAAAGUGAACUACGGGAAAUGUACAAGCAUGUUUCUUAAACUUGAUAUGAAUACAAAUUUAAGGGUUGUCAAGUUAUUAAUGAAACCAAAUAAUUGAAAUGUAUAUAUUUUUUUAAUCUUUUUGAGUCUAAGGAAUUAGUUGAAAUGUGAAGAACAGCAGCGG